AUGGCUAGAAUCAGAGGCUUUGAUCUUUUCGCCAUGGCUGGUGUCAUCUCCGUCGGUGUCUACACCGGUGUGAAAUUUUUCGGCCCGAUUAUCAUCGACCAGUUGGAGAAGGAUGGCAACUUGAGACAGGACAAGAAGGUCCCAGAGAUGAUCAGAGAUGCCUCGCGUGAGAUGAAGGAGAACGAAGAGAAGCUCAACAGUAAGUGGAGUGAAAUCAGGGCCCAGUUGGAGUUGUCCAAGGAACAAAAGGAGCAACAGAGAAAAGUUUGCCAUGUAGAAAAAACGCCAAAGGUGGAGCAACAACCAAGAUAA